AUGGGGGACAGUGGGGACAGGGUGGUGGCACCUAGGAUGGGGGACAGUGGGGACAGGGUGGUGGCACCUAGGAUGGGGGACAGUGGGGACAGGGGGAAGAGCACGGAGGAGGGACUGCGGCAGGUGGACGAGCUGGUGGCACGGUACCGGCGUGGCUGCCUGUGGUGGCUCUCGCCAUGGACGCCCAUCCUACGCCUCUUCCACCCCGACACCCUCCGCCCCCUCCUCCUGGCCUCAGCCUUCGUCGCCCCCAAGGACCAGCUCUUCUAUGGCUUCCUCAAGCCCUGGCUGGGGGACGGGCUGCUGCUGAGCCGCGGGCAGAAGUGGGCUCGGCACCGGCGCCUACUGACACCCGCCUUCCACUGGGACAUCCUCAAGUCCUACGUGGGCGUCUUCAACCAGAGCACCCACAUCAUGCAUGGGCGCCGCUUCGCCCAAGCCUGCGCCACCGUGCACAGCUUCACCGCCGCCGUGGUGCAACGCCGGCGCCAGGCCCUCGACCGCCUCGGCCGCCAGGCCUGGCUGGAGAGCCACCAGGGACGGAGCAUGGACUUCAUUGACCUUCUCCUGCUCACUAAGGACAAGGACGGCAACACCCUGUCGGACGAAGACAUCUCGGCCGAGGCUGACACCUUCAUGUUCGAGGGCCACGACACGACGGCCAGCGGUUUGGCGUGGCUGCUCUACAACCUGGCCCGCCACCCCCAGUACCAGGAGCGGUGCCGCCAGGAGGUCCGCGAGCUCCUCAAGGGCAGGGACGUGGAGGAGAUCGAAUGGGAGGACCUGUCCCGCCUGCCCUUCACCACCAUGUGCAUCAAGGAGAGCCUCCGCCUGCAUCCCCCUGUCACCGCCGUGUCCCGGUGCUGCACCGAGGACAUCGCCCUGCGUGACGGACGAGUCAUCCCCAAGGGGAUCAUCUGCCUGAUGAGCAUCUACGGGACCCACCACAACCCAGAUGUCUGGCCCGAGCCCCAGGUCUACAACCCGCUGAGGUUCAGCCUGGAGAACAGCCAGGGACGGUCCCCGUUGGCCUUCAUCCCCUUCUCCGCCGGUCCCAGGAACUGCAUCGGGCAGAACUUCGCCAUGGCUGAGCUGAAGGUGGUGGCGGCGUUGACGGUGGCACGCUUCACCAUCCGGCUGGACGCGGGGCGGCCACCGCGCCGCAAGCCCGAGCUCAUCCUCCGCACCGAGGACGGGCUCUGGCUGCUGCUGGAGCCGCUGCCGGAGGUGGCCUGA